AUGCGCUCCAAGAUUGUCCGUGACCCUACCGAUGCCUGCGUCGAGUAUGCAUGGACUCACGUUUCGGCCGAGGGAAAGGCUAUCGCCUGGCCUGAGAGCUUCCUCGGUAACCUAACCCCCCGAGCCCGCAUUAUCGCAUACGACUACGAUGUAGAGCUCGAAGAUUUCUGGGCUACCGAGGAGGAGAACAGAAUAGACGCCCUCUCAGAUGACCUUUCCCACGAGAUCCGAAGCGUGCGUGCUAGCUCGAAGACGUUCCUGGUCAAGGCAGAAGAGGGUAGGCCAGCCGAGAAGCUACUUGCAAAGUGCGUACACCGGAUGGCGUUGCUGGGGACGCCCUUCCAUACCGACGCCGCUCUCUGGGCCAAAACAGGGAACAAGUUCUAUCGGCUUACUGGGGGGAGCCCCGACGGCUCGUUGGAAGAUGACCUCUCCAAGUCGGAGAAGCUGGCGGCAAUCUCCAAAGGGUUCAAGACUUCUGUCGGGAAGGGUACUCUUGAGGUAGCCGUAUUUUAUGAGGGGAAGCCGAGCCCCGUCUCGGGCGAGGUGAUCACAAGCCUGGCCACGGUCAAGGUCCCCGGAGCACCCAGCCCAACCCGUCUAGCCACCUCCCACCAGGCCAUGGCUAGGGCUGCAACGGCGGAGGAUGAUCAUUUCCGACGCAUCUCGCGGGUUUUGGUAGAAUGGGUUGAAGAGCUAUCCGAGGAAGAGGACGUGGAGAAGGAGGCAAAGAAGGUUGCGAAAUUUGAAGGCGAUAAUAUUGGAGGGUUUCAGCUCGGGUUCAAUGACGGAACCAUCAACGGCGGUGUCAACCUCGGUGGCGGGGUCAAACCUCGGGGGUGA